GAGAGCAUGAAGCAACGAUUUCCAAGCAGCAGCACGCGUUCCAAGUCUGAGGCAGCUGUGCAAACGCGGGCAUCAAGAGCACCAUCGCCCAAAGUCAAUCCUGCUACUCCAGGUCCAGGCCCAGGGGUGAAGGCCAGACCAAGAUCGGCUGCCGCCGCCGCCGCCGCCACCACCAUGGCAGCGACGAGGAGGCAGCCUGCCGUGCCUAUGCCCGUGUGGAAGUCGGAGACGGCAGAGGAGGAGGUGGUGCGGCUGCGCGGGGAGGUUGAUGCCUUGCAGAAAGAGGUGCAGCGUCUGCUCCGCCUCAACGCAGAGCUCCGGACCAACCAUGACGCUGCAGCCAGCAACAGAUCACAACCUCCCAGCAAGAUUUCGGCUUCCGGAGUAGUCGUUGCACCGCCGCCGCCGCCGCCCCCGCCGCCACCGCCACCGCCACCGCACCUAAAGCAGCGAGGAGUCCGUUUCCCUUCAGCUCCGAGCACAAGCCCGGCGAGCAAGGCCACUGCGCUGGUCGACAUGUACAACUCGCUGCAGGCCAGCAACAAGCCGUCAAAGCGCACAGACAAAAGUAGCAGCCAUAGCAGCAUCGUUGACGAGCUGCAGAACCGCUCCAGGCACUUGCUAGCGAUCAAAGCAGACGUGGAAACAAAAGCCGAGUUCAUCAACUAUCUCAUCGACAGAAUCCACACUAGUACCUACACCGGCGUGGAACAAGUACUCACCUUUGUGGACUGGCUGGACCAACAACUCUCGACUCUGACUGAUGAGUCAGCCGUCUUGAAGCACUUCAACUGGCCUGAGAGGAAAGCCGAUGCGCUUCGUGAAGCGGCAUCUGAAUACCGACACAUCAACUGUCUUCUAACAGAGAUCUCUUCCUCCUUAAGAAGAGACGAAGACGAUGGUGGUAGCAGUAGCACUCUCAGGAAGAUUUCAAGCUUGCUAGAUAAAUUGGAGAAGAGCAUGAGCAGACUGGUGGAUCUAAGGAGAUCGGCGAUGCCGUCCUACAAAGAGUUGAGGAUUCCAACGAACUGGAUGCUUGAUUCAGGGAUGGCCUCAAAGAUGAGAUUGGCAUCGGUGAGUCUUGCGAAACUGUAUACCAAGACAGUCCUCAAGGAACUGGAUGCAAGUGGGACGACGGGGAACAAGGCUGCUCUGGUUGCUCAGAGCGUGCGCUUCACCUACAGAGUCCACCAGUUUGCUGGGGGCCUUGACUGCGAAGCAAUGCAUGCCUUUGAAGAGCUAAGAAGGCGGGUUCAGUUGCUCUCUCAAUAACCCUAUUCAUCUCUGUCUUCUUCUUAUUAUAACAGUAUAUGUCAGAUCAAGUCUUGUCGGAAAUGGAGAGGGGGAAAAUCAUGCUGUGGUUUCUCAUCGUGUAUGGAAAAUCUGGUUAUCCAC